AUGCAGGUGAAAGACCUGAAGUUCGCCGGCGUCAGUGCGAACGCGUUCGCCGACGCCAUCGAGGCGAAAACGGCGUACCGCCGAGACGCGAGCGUGUUCGAGAGUAGCCAGCUAAUGACGCUGCUGGAGAGCGUGUGGCGCGAGUUCUCCGUCAGCGCUGACCUGUUCCUGUGGACCAGCUGGUACGUUCUCGACGAGCUGGCUCCUUUCGUCGAAACGUCGGUGGCCACCCACACGCGAAGUGCCAUAUCCUUCGGUCUGGCCUGCGUGGAGAUGGUAUCGCACACCAUGGCCCCAGCACUGGCUGCGCUCAUUCGCUUGUCACAAGUCACGAGCAAGGCUCGCCACCAGAUAACCACAAUGACCAACGUCCUCGCCAGUUGCCUCAAGGGAAAGACUCCUUGGAUAUCGCCGUUCGCGACGCCUCCUCGCGUGAUCGUGGGCUUUCCUCCGCAUGCCGACAGCGUGGAGCGGCUGGAUGCCUUCUACGCCACGUUUCCGGUGCCGCGGCAGCUGACCAACGCCUUCUUUGCCGACUGGGUGACGGGGGCUGACGAGCGCGCAUUGCGCCUGUCCGCCGACCAGGACCACGUGGACGUGUUCGGGCUGGACGUUGACGUGGGCGCCGACGGCACGGUCGUCGUGCCCGCAGCCCUGUUCGCGCUGCCGUUCUUCUUGCCUGACGGUCCGGUGGCGCUCAACGUGGGCGGGCUCGGACAUUUGAUCGCCAGGCGGCUUGCUCAGAGGUACCUGGUGCCGAACUCAGUCCUGCCCGCCGGGUGCCAAGCCUCGGCCUCGGGCAGCGAAGCCGGCUGGCUCCUGCCGAACCUGCUUGCCUACUCGUGCAUUGGUCACGCGCUGUCCGCGCUGAAUGGAAGCCACCAACGCCGUCUGCCUCAGCUCGCUGGGCUCAAGCCGGAGACGAUCAUGUACACCGUCGGCUGCCUGAAGGAUUGCAUCGCACGACGUGGAGGACUGGGUCGUUGCACGGCGUCGUCGCAGGGGCUGAAAGCGUUCGAGGAGGCGUUCUCGUGCGACUUGAAAGGACAACAGGGUCUCACCUGCACGUUGUGAUACCAUUUUCACGCACAAGAGUCCGUUCUGUCACAAGAACAUUAUACCAUUUGGUGAAGGUACAAGGUAGAACAAACAAGAAAACGCCAUCGAAUAAAAGUUAUA